AUGAGAUUCGGACCAGCAGAAGAGUGGAUCAUCCUUGCGGCCGAUAUGAAAAGGUACCACUCACUGUUUGUGAACGGCACAGAUGGCAAACAGCAGAGGAUGUCCAUCACUCGUAUCAAGAAGCAGCUGCAGGUGAUCAGCAAGAUGCCGCAGGAGAAAGUGCUCAGUAAGCACGUCCCGAUCACCAGCAGCAGCAUGCACUUCGAGAUGGCAGGAUAUAUUUAUGAAUUGGACGAGGGGCAGCUGGCGAGGCUGGUUGACCAGACGGAGGGGCAUUUGGCAACGGCAUCGUCCCGAUCGAUGGCGACGGCAAGGAAGAGUUUCGCGACCUGGGCGAAGACAGCAUGA